AUGAAGUGGAGAAGCCCUGGUCAGGAGGAUCCAGAGCUGCAAUGUCAGGAGGAUCCAGAGCUGCACUGUCAGGAGCACCCAAAGCUGCACUGUCAGGAGCACCCAGAGCUAGACUGUCAGGGGGAUCUAAAGCUACACUGUCAGGAGGAUCCAGAGCUGCACUGUAAGGAGGACUCAGAGCUGCACUGUCAGGAGGACUCAGAGCUGCACUGCCAGGAUGAUUCAGAGCUGCAGAGCUGCACUGAGCACCCAAAGCUGCACUGUCAGGAGCACCCAGAGCUAGACUGUCAAGAGGAUCUAAAGCUACACUGUCAAGAGGAUCCAGAGCUGCACUGUAAGGAGGACUCAGAGCUGCACUGUAAGGAGGACUCAGAGCUGCACUGUCAGAAGGACUCAGAGCUGCACUGCCAGGAGGACUCAGAGCUGCACUGCCAGGAGGACUCAGAGCUGCAGAGCUGCACUGGCCCAGAGCUGCACUGUCAGGAGGAUCCAGAGCUGCAAUGUCAGGAGGAUCCAGAGCUGCAAUGUCAGGAGGAUCCAGAGCUGCACUGUCAGGAGCACCCAAAGCUGCACUGUCAGGAGCACCCAGAGCUAGACUGUCAAGAGGAUCUAAAGCUACACUCUCAAGAGGAUCCAGAGCUGCACUGUAAGGAGGACUCAGAGCUGCACUGUCAGGAGGAUUCAGAGCUGCACUGCCAGGAGGACUCAGAGCUGCACUGCCAGGAGGACUCAGAGCUGCACUGCCAGGAGGACUCAGAGCUGCAGAGCUGCACUACUGCAGUAAUUGUGCAGUUGUGUAACGAAAUGCCACAUGGUGUGAGCUACGUGCCGCCGUUUGGAUUCAAGCUGUGA